UCCUCCCAAUCUUUUGGGGCGGUUCUUGAUGACGUCAGGCAAAGCGGGCGGACUCUUUGGGUAAACAACAAGUCCGCGAUCAAAACAAAUCUGCAGCAUCAACUAAGCUCGACGACCGCGCCCCGAACAACAACAAGGAGAAUAUUUAUUUUUGACACGUUCGGCUGUUGUUGCCCAAACUAGUCUAACGGAGGGAACUCACAGUGGCCAGAUAAUACAUCGCUCUCUUAAGUACUAAUUUUCCACGACGAUGAUCGGCAGGAUCAUUUCUCAGCUGCUGGGCGGCGGCCGACCCGACGAGACGGGCGACGCGCUAGACGAGCCGCUGGAGUUUGAGGAGGGUGGCUGGGUCAUCGUCAGGAUGCCCGCCGGUCCCCUUUUGUCCCCCGAGGAGGCGGCGGACCCCCUUGAGAACCUCCUGAUAGAGCACCCUAGCAUGUCCGUUUAUCAGAUGAGCCGAGGAGCAGAAGAUGAGCGAGAAGGUUCAGAUGAAGAGGAGGAAAACCUUUCUCCCAGGCCCGUGAAUUCGCCGUCAUCUUCGGCGCCCUCGCGUCGACGCGUUUCCUGGCGUCUGGCGGCGUGGGGCGUCCCCCUGCCCUCCGAAGUCCUCUUUUGCGGCAGGGCGGCGGUCGAGCGCAAGAAGCUGAGCCGCGGCGCUUUGCUCAGGCAGAACUUGACGGCGAAAGCGCGCCGCUCGCCGCCCGCCGAACGCCACGUCAAGCAGCCCAGCCAGCGUCUCUACAACUACUGAGACUUCUUUUCUUGUACACUUUGUGAAAAGUAUGACAUGCUAAAAAAAAUGUUUGUCGUGACUCUUGGAUGUUACUCACACGUUUGAUGUGUAAAUACAAGCUUUUUUAAUGUAUAAUAAAAUGUGCAAAAAAAUCAAAUAAAUCUCAUUUCAUAACUUCAAGUCCAGAUUUCAUAUUUUGAACAUGUGGCCGAGGGGUUAGCACGUCCGCCUCACAGUUCUGCGAGCAAGGCUUCAAUUCCGGGUUCCUUUGUAGUGUUUGCAUGUUCUCACCGAGCCUGCGUGGAUUUUCUCCAAGGGACUUGACUUCCCAAAAAGAUGCGUGAUUGAACACGCAUGUGUUGUCUGUUUGUUUUUGUUUUUUUAAUUGUCCGUAGGUAUCAGUGUGUGCGUGAAUGGUUGUUUCAUUGUACCCUGCCAUUGGCUGGGUGUAUCCCGCCUCGUGUCCGUAGUUAGCUGGGAUAGGCUCCUCCAGCACCUCCGCGACCCUGGUGACGAGAAGCGGCAUGGAAAAUGAAUGAAUUAGCGCUGCAAUGAUGAAUCGAUUAACUCCAGUAAUUCGAUUAGGUAAAAAGCUUCGAAUCAAAUUUUGCUGCUUCGAGUAUUCGUGGAUUUUUAGAGUGGGGUUUUAAUGGUUUGUUUUGAAAGUGUUUGCAUUUAGUUUUAUUGAUUUGGGAAUACAUUGCCCUCUAGUGGCAACAAUGAAUAUGACAUUAAACAUGGCUGAAUCCAGCUCCUCUCUGUUAAGAACAACAUAAGGUAAGCUUUUGUUUGAGCUAAUAUGUUGUUUUUUUUUUUUUUUUAAUGAAUUUGUAAUUUAGUUCUUAGGUAUAUUUAGCCGUUCUUUUUUUUUUGUGGGAACUAGUGAAUGUUUGGUUAAGACCAUUGUAAAAUAACAUAAUUCUAUAGCAUUUGAGCUAGCGGAUUUUUGCUCUGCAAAUUAGCCAAUUGUUGUUUUGUCGUACUUAGAUCCUCAUUGAUUAUUUUUUAAUGCUGUUUAAAGCAAAGCUCAGGUAUUUUAUUUUUAAAUGAAGGCGCAAUUCUGUAAAGUUCGAAGAAACAGUCGGGAAAUUUUAUUUUGUGUACGCAUUUAAUGCUCUUCUAAAAGUGUUUGCAUUUAGUUUAAUUGAUUUGGGGGUGGGGGGGAAUACAUUGCCCUCUAGUGGCAACAAUGAAUAUGACAUUAAACAUGGCUGAAUCCAGCUCCUCUCUGUUAAGACCAACAUAAGGUAAGCUUUUGUUUGAGCUAAGAUGUUUUUUUUAAAACAUGCAUUUGUAAUUUAGUUCUUAGGUAUAUUUAGCCGUUCUUUUUUUUUCGUGUGUGGGAACUAAUUAAUGUUUUGUUAAGACCAUUGUAAAAUAACAUAAUUUUAUAGCAUUUGAGCAAGCGGAUUUUUGCUCUGCAAAUUAGCCAAUUGUUGUUUUGUAGUACUUAGAUCCUCAUUGAUUUUUUUUUUUUUUAAGCUGUUUGAAGCAAAGCUCAGGUAUUUUAUUUUUAAAUGAAGGCGCAAUUCUGUAAAGUUUGAAGAAACAGUCGGGGAAUUUUAUUUUGUGUACGCUUUUAAUGCUGUAUUUAAUU